UACAGAGGGUCGCUAAACGCGCACCAAGAUUGCCAUAAGAAAGGAAAGCACACGACCGGAACAUAGGAGAGCACUGCUUUGCAUUAGAUUUUUGUAAAUAUUUAUAACCCUAUUAUCCUUUUCGAGUUUUGAGCCUCGGAGUAUUUACAAGUGAUCUUUCAGAGACGCGCGUAAAAAGAUGGUUCAAACCGUAACAUGCGCCUUGGUAACACAGAUUCUCUUCCUGAUUUGGACUUUUGUCGUCUCGUCCUCUAAGAUGUCCUUCUCCAACGUCUCCGUGGACAACGAGGUGCGCUCCAGCUUCAUCCAUCGCCGACUGAGGAGCCAGGAGCGCAGGGACAUGCAGCGGGAGAUCCUCUCCAUCCUGGGGCUGCCUCAUCGCCCGCGACCCACGCACGUUCACUCCAGAUUCAACGCUGCCCCGUUGUUCAUGCUGGACCUUUACAACACUGCCUCGAUAGACGCGCCACGCAUGAGAUAUUCCAGCUACAAUCCCCAUUUGGAGCCCCAGGCUUCCAACUUGGUCACCCUGCAGGACAGUCGCUUUCUGGAUGAUGCUGACAUGGUCAUGAGUUUCGUCAAUCUCGCUGAUCAGGACCAAGAACUUCUGUACCAGAAGCACCAAAGGGAAUUCAGAUUUGAUCUUUCCCGUAUUCCAGAGGGAGAAGCUGUCACAGCAGCGGAGUUGAGAAUUUUUAAGGAUUUUAUCCAGGAACGAUAUGAGAACGAGACAUUCCGAAUCAGCGUCUACCAGGUCUUGCAGGAAGCGGUGGAGGGUGAAGUGGAUCUGUUGCUGGUGGAACAGCGAGAGGUGUGGGUGGCAGAGGAGGGCUGGCUCAUCUUUGACCUGACUGCCACCAGUAAUCUUUGGCUGGCCAACCCUGAGCACAACCUGGGCCUGCAACUGGUGCUGGAAGACAACCAUGGUUCUAGAAAGACCCCUCGACUGGCUGGGCUGUUAAUGGGCAGCGGCGUUCAAGAAAAGCAACCCUUUCUGGUUGCCUUCUUCAAAUCCAACGAAGUUCGCUUUCGCCACAUCCGCUCUGCCCACGGCCACAGGGGGCGCCAUUCCAGCCGCUCCAAACCACAGAAAACGGUUCAAGAUGCACUGAAGGCGGUCGAGGCCGCAGCAGAUCUUGGCAUAUCUAAAGAUGGAUGUAAAAAACAUGAGCUGUAUGUCAGUUUUCGAGAUUUGGGAUGGCAGGACUGGAUCAUCGCACCGGAGGGCUACGCGGCGUACUACUGCGAGGGCGAGUGCGCCUUCCCGCUCAAUUCUUACAUGAAUGCCACAAAUCACGCCAUUGUGCAAACUCUGGUGCACUUUAUCAACCCGGGAACGGUGCCGAAGCCCUGCUGCGCUCCCACGCAACUUCACGGCAUCUCCGUGCUCUACUUUGACGACAGCUCCAAUGUCAUCCUAAAGAAGUACCGCAACAUGGUGGUCAGAGCCUGCGGCUGUCACUGACCGCUGAUCAUCCAUUAGACACUAUGAGCUCAUUUCUGAGAUGUUUUAAAAAAAAAAAAAAAAAAAAGGAGGAGGAAGCGGUGGAGGCAGAGACAAGAAAUGGUUUACAGCCUGUCGCGGGGUAGGCUUUUAUCUGCGAGACUGUAUUUAUGACCAGCAGCUGAGCAAUUAGAACCACAAAAAGGGAUUUUUUUUGGAUUGCUUAUUUUCAGGUUGCGGAAAUAUGCACUCAAAUCAAUCAGAGCAGGGAUACUUGAACUGAUUAUCACUGUUAUGACCAGAUGUUGUCUAUAUUUUUGUUGUCAACCUUCAGCCACGCGAGGCUCCAAUUCAAUUUCCUGCAUGGAGGUCUAAGCUUGAUCGUGACUUGAACAUGAACUUUUCACCUUGGACCUCCCAUGUGAGAAACACUGUGCAUUGUCUUCUAGAAGGACUGAAGGGGACCAAGAGUGACAAUGAAGUUUUUCCAGGACUGUUCAGCAGGCCAGUUAGACCAAUUUAGGUGUGGAUGCUCUGUAACAUGUCGAAACUGUAAAUAAUUUGUGAAUUUAAAAAAAACAAAAAACUG